AUGGCUAGUGGGGAGAGUUUUGCAGUGUUGUUUCAUCACAGAGGAUCGAUUAAGAGGAAAACACGAUCUGGGGUGAAAUUCACCGAUAAGGAUCCUCUCAUGCUGCAAGAAAUCGUGAAGUAUGAUUGUUUCACGAUCAGGAGUGAUGAGGACUUACAGGUCAUGUUUCAUUGUCGUCGGCAGUUUCCCGAGGUUAGGACACCUGAGCUGUUGGCGAAGUUGGUUGAUGUGGUAUCCAACUCGAGAGGUUUGAACAGGAAUACCCACACUAUAGGCACAGUAGCCGGUUCUAACUCCAGACCUGUUGGUGCAUCUUCGUCUGUCCCUGUGAAUGAACCUCCGGUCGAGCCUGUCGCCUCCCCGUCGUUCGCUGUUGAUCUCAACUGUAGUGGAGGCAGAGAGUGUGCCGCACCGGCUAGUCUGGACGAUGCAUUGCUGGGUGAUGUUGACGAUGAUGAUUGGGAGCCGGAUAUCAUUGCUGAUAACAGUGGCGAUGAUAUUGGAGCGAGUGAGCCAGUUGGGACUGGAGGUGGUUCUAGCUCUGGCAUACAGCAGUACCCUCCACACUUUUCAUCUUUGGACUUGGAUGCCAUGAGACAAGAAGGGGUUCCUAGGGAGCCUACUGGAUUUGGUGCUAGAGAUGACCAGGGGGUACAGUACAAGGUGGUGGAGUCUAACUAUCGCCGGUAUGUUGGGAAGUGUUCUGAAUUUGGAAAUGGGUGCAUAUGGUUGAUUAGGCUAAGUCUCCGGCAGCGCAAGGGUAUCUGGGAGGUAAAACGGUACAACGGACCACAUACGUGUCUCGCGACGUCCAUUUUUAGCGACCACAGGAGUCUGGAUUAUCAUGUGAUCUUGGCAUUCAUCAUGCCAAUGGUUAGAGCUGAUGCAUCCGUCAGCAUCAAGUCCUUAGGACGAGUCCUGUUUGAGUUGGGGGCCAGGUCGACGACUCACAAGCUUAUUUUCACCGACUGUUCUGGACGUUUCCACCAUGUAGUGAGGCAUUUCGGCAUUGAAAGUCCUUGGAUAGGAACUCUAACAUACUGUCAGGAAUCUCCCAGUGUACUCGCUGGUGAAGGCUACUUACAAGAGGUUAGCAGAACUAUUCGUUCGCAAGGGGGGAGAGGCAAAGGCCCAGUUAGGAACCAGACAACAAUUCAGUCAACAUCUGGUGAAGUGUAUAGAGGCCAAAACCAAUAA